AAAGAGCGAGUUUCUUGUGUGCGGUGGAUAAAGGUUUGUAAAUAAACUGCGUGGCGUUCAGUCCCAAACAGUGUGCUGACGGCGGCAGUUCUUGUUUGGCGGUGAAAGCGAAUGCACGUUCGUGAAAGAAUAUGUGUGGUGUUUCGAGUCGAAAGAUAUAUAAAGGAUUGCGGAACAUUAUAUGGGAAAGCGUGAUAAAUUCGUGUUUGAUUCUUGAUGAUUUUUCAUUGAGGUCAGUAAUUUGGCAGGGAAAUGGAAAGCAAUGUGAGAUUUUGAAAUUCCGUUGAAAAACAACACGGAAAUAAGUGAUGAAAAAUUAAUAAAUAAUAUUACAAAAAAAUUAUGCAUUGUGCAUAAAAGUUUUCUAGCGAGGUGAUAUGGAUGACAUCUAUACAUAAUUGAAUAAGGAAGCCAAAAAUUCAAAAUAAAAAAAUAAUGUAUCUUAAAAAAUUCAAUAUUAUGUGUAUAAAUAUUAGAUCAAAUAAUUCCAUAUAUUAAAAGUCUCCUGAGUAUGGAUGUGUAUAAAAUCAAAUGGUCAAAUUGUAAAAUGUGACGUAAAUGAAAAAAUUUGGUAACAUCAACAUGCUAAUGCUCCAAGAAUGAUCGUGACCGCUUAGCAGUUUAAUAAGGGCUGACUUCCGUAUAUGGUACGUACUACGCGGAUAACUCAUAUAUGGAAGUAUUAAAAACUUGUGAAAAUAACAGUUUAAAAUAGUUUCGAAUCAUAAAAAGUUCACAAAAAAUGAGGCACAUCAAUUGUUGUUGCGGAUAUAUAAUUUCAAGAUAUAUCGACGCGAGGAGUACGACCUAAGUCAUUUUGUGUACUAUACGUUCAAGAUUAAGGAUACUAUUGAAUGAAGAACGCUGUAUACGUAUGUACAUGUGUUACUAGUAAAGGAAAUAAAAAAUGAAAUUCGCAUUAGAGGCCCGAAUUUUUUUACUCAGCGUUAGUUUAUUGGAUGGUUUAGCUGGUCUGCGUCUGGUGAAGGUCUCAAUACCAGCUUUCAAAUUUCGAGGCGAGUCUGCCAUGCUCGAAUGCCAAUAUGAGUUGAAUCGCACAGGCGGCCCGCCAUAUUAUGGGGGCGUCGGGAGCAACGUCGGAAGUGAAGUUUUAGUCAGUGACGCUGGCACCCGACAUCGCAGCUACGCACGAACGCGCACACGCACCAACACACGCAAUCGUUAUGGCAGCAAUAUGCAUUUUUUCGAUGCACAUCACUUUGUGGCCAUGAGGCCGAAAUUUAGGCGGCACAAACGUCAAUAUUCCUACCAAACGGAGCGACUGCAAAUGCAUCAACAACAGCAACAGCGGCAAGAGCACCAGCAGCAACAACAAUACCAGCAACAGUAUCCAACCUAUCCAUAUCAGCCAUCACAAAGUUAUAGCAGCAGCAGCAGCAGCAGUAGCAGCGACAUAAAUGGCGCUGGCAGUUAUUAUCAGCAGCAACAACAAAAGGAAGAAGACGAACAACAGCACUACCCAUAUCAAACGCAGCGCUCUCCCUACGGGCAUAGCGUUUAUCGCGGCGCGGCUUUCAGUCAAGCGUUGGGCAUACCCGGCUUCAGUAAUAGCGGCGUGAGCAGCAGCAGCAGCAGCAGUGGCGCGCAUGUUGGCGCCAGCACCUUCACUAGCGGCUCGCGCGGUGCGACGGCGGAGGGUUCAUCACAUCGCUACAAAUUCGGCGACGGCGUCGAUGAUGGAGAGGAGGCGGAACAGGAAGAGGAAGAAGAAGACGUAGUGGAGGACGAUGAGGAUGAGGAUGGUGAGGCGUUGUAUGCCAUAAAGUGGUACAAGGACAACGAGGAGUUCUAUCGCUUUGUGCCGAAGGCGCACCCGCAGAAGACGAGUUAUCGCUUUGAUGGCAUACGUGUUAGUGAGGAGCACUCAGACAGUUGGCGCGUAUUUCUGCGCGGUUUAACGCUCAACUCAUCCGGCUUGUACCGUUGCGAAAUCUCAGCUGAGGCCCCCAACUUUUCUUCGGUGCAGGGCGAAGGCCGAAUGGACAUCGUAUUUUUGCCGCGCGAUGGUCCACAUAUCAGAGGCCAACAAAAUCAAUAUCAAAUUGGUGACACUUUAGCGUUGAACUGCACUUCGGGAAAAUCACACCCAGCAUCACGUCUGCAGUGGUUAAUCAAUGACCAACCGGUGGUCGACGACAGCUAUCUGAUAGCCUACAAUGACACCGUACACAAACAUGGCCUCAUAACGUCAAUGCUCGGCCUUGAGUUGACAGUUGAUGGACGUCACUUUCAGGACGGCGAGAUGCGCGUGAAAUGCCUGGCCAGCAUAUCGCCGGUGUUGUGGAGCGGCGACAAGGAGAGCGUGUUACAGCGACGCCGUGGCAUUAUUGACAAUCGAGAGGCAAUGCUACUAGUACGUGGGUCUGCCACUCGGCUACAUCCUUUGGGAAAUUUCCUCUCCAGUCUGCGUCUGCUGACCGCCAUCACAAUACUAACAAUAAUAUGUCAAUUACUAUUGAGCACCGAAGCAUAAACGCAACAAAUUAUCCACACACUAACACUAACACCUACCUGCAUCGACACACAUACGCAAGCGUGCACAAUAACGAAAGUCAAUAAAACACAAAAUAGUAUAAGUAAUGUUAACCAAAGGCAAACUAAACUUAAGUUAGUGCAAAGGAAAUAAAAGUGUGUAAGAAACUGACUAGUAAGUUGUAUGCAUGCCAGAGUGUGUUUUAUGGUAUUGUGCUGACUUUAAGGUCCGCGCGACGUAUACGCAACAUUGAACUAUUGUAGCUAACUUAUUACAAUUAAGGUUUGUGAGAUACUUUAUGCUAGCAAUAAAUUGAUUUGUUCAGUAGAAAUUGCAUGAAAUUAAGAAAAACACACGAGAUGAAGUUUGGUUGUUGAAAAUACUGUAAAUAUAUCUAUAUUACAUAAAAGUUAUUACAUAAUGUAUAACUCAAUACAAGCAUAUUCGUUAGCAAACGGCAGAGCAAAAUUGUUAUGUAUAUUAGAAGCAACAUAAACUUUACAAUAAAAUCAAAUGAAAUGUGAGUAAGCCACUUUUCAGUGCAUUGAGUUUAGUUUUGCUUUACUUUGGUAAUUAUUCAACUUUAUUUAUAUGUAAUUAGAAUGAAAAUUCUAUUAACUACACUACUGCAAUGGCUGUUGUCUUUUCGUGAUAUUUUCCUAACGAACUGCUCUUCCUUCUCCUUCAAAGCUCGGAUUGAUUUAACUUCUACAAAAUCAGCAAAUCCGAUCGCUUUUUUACUAAAAGCUUAUCUGGCGGUUUUUAUAUAUGGUGUCCAUAGACUCAUGGCGCUUUUCCCUAAGCAGACUUUUCAGUUUCCAAAAUUUUCUCGUUUUGUGUUUGGCCAAAAAGUCAGUCACAGGUCUGGCACGCUUCACAUCUUCAACAUUAACAAAAACGUCUUGAGUCGACCCAUAAGCGAUCCUCUGCUAUCUGCCUGAAGCUAACACGUCAAUUUUCAAGCACUGUUUCUUUAACUUUUUCGAUAUUAUCGUUAUUAACAGAGGUGGUUGGACAACUCGCAUGAUUUCAUGACCACUCAUAUACCUGUGUUCUUGAUCUGGAAGACUUCCGAAAAUACGUCUGUAAAAUUUUCAACGAUUUCGUAGCCGUGAUUCCAUUGAAAAGAUAAAAUUAUAAAAUUUCCAGCAAGCUCGUUAUUAAAUUUUUUUCAUGGAAAAUCGCCAGACAAACCUUUCGCAAUAUAAACAAACAGCUGCCAAACACACAAUACUUCCCAUUUGGAGAUGCAAAAAGAGUUAUACCAUUCAAGCAAAAUUAUUUUUAUCGAUUCAGUUUGCGCGCAUAGUUUAAAUGGCCCAGUCCAGGUCAAAAUAGAUUUUGAGUGUAAAAUAUAUCAUAUUGGAAGUAGUCUAAUUCGACGACUGUAAAUACAAUAUAUAUAUAUAUAUGUGUAAUUAAAAUAUCAAGUUGGAAGCACAGAGCAAACAUUAAUAUAAGUAAAUAUUUAUAAUAAUACAUUUGUGUGCAUUAAAGAAUAGUAACAAAAGCGGCAAGACAGCAGACCAUAAAAUCAAAUUGGCCAACUGCCUUAAUGCACACAUAUAUAAAUACACAUACAUGGUUUUCAUUUUGGCUUGUAGUGCUUUGGUCCAUGUAAUUAUGUUGGCAUUAAAGCGCAUUUACUUCGUCUUAAUAUGGAAUUUGGUUGGCAAUUUUGUUGAAAUAAAUACUGUAAAUGCAUUUCGUUUUAAUUAUGUACAGUCUCCUUAAUAUUGUAUUAGCUAAGUGUUUAAGCGAUAAGCUGCUUCCAUUUGUGUGUAUGUAUGUAAUACUCGCAUUAUCUGCGCUUUUAGUGCAACUACGUCAAUAAUUACUUUAUUUUUAUAUUUCACUUACAUAAACAUUUGAGUAUUAGCGACAAAUAUACAGAUGUAGCAUGAGUACAGCUGGCAGGUGAUUAUAAAUCGCCUGCGGGUGAAACAAUUCAAAUAAAUUAAAAAGAAAACUGUCUGUGUUAAACUGCGAAAAA